AUGAGACGGGAAGAUUGUAUAGCUUCAUUUUUCCAAGCAAUCUUUGUCGUUUUAGAUUUCUUCUUUCCCAUCAUUUUUAAUUUUUGUGUGGUUAUUCUGUUUUUAAAUUUUUCUCUCUUUCUUUCUUUCUUUCUUUCUUUCUUUCUUUCUUUCUUUCUUUCGUUUUUUGUAGCCAAAAAUCUGCUUUUUCUUUUUUCCGAGCUGAAAAGUUCUUUCUUUCUUUCUUUCUUUCUUUCUUUCUUUCUUUCUUUCUUUCUUUCUCUUUUGAGUGCUUGUUCAUUUGCGGUUAUUGACAAGACAUUUAUCACUUCGAUUCUUUCUUUGAUUUUAUUCUCGUUCUUUCUUUCUUUCUUUCUUUCUUUCUUUCUUUCUUUCUUUCUUUCUUUCUUAUUUUCGAUUCUUUCUUUUUCUCGUUUCGAGUCUUUCUUUGAUUUUAUUUUUGUUCUUUCUUUCUUUUCUCUAUAUAUUUAUUUCUUUGUUUCCUUUUUCUUUCUUUAUUUUUCUAUCUUUCUAUCUAUCUAUCUAUUUAUCUAUCUAUCUAUCUAUCUAUCUUCUUUCUUAUUUUCGAUUCUUUUUUUCAAUCACUUCGAUUCUUUCUUUGAUUUUAUUCUUGUUCUUUCUUUCUUUGUUUCUUUCUUUCUUUCUAUCUUUCUUUCGAUUCUUUCUUUUUAUCAAUUCGAUUCUUUCUUUGAUUUUAUUCUUGUUCUUUCUUUCUUUGUUUCUUUCUUUCUUUCUAUCUUUCUUUCGAUUCUUUCUUUUUAUCAAUUCGAUUCUUUCUUUGAUUUUAUUCUUGUUCUUUCUUUAUAUCUAUCUAUCUAUCUAUCUAUCUAUCUUAUAUUCGAUUCUUUCUUUUUAUCACUUCAAUUAUUUCUUUGA